AUUCGUGAUUGCCGCACGCAUCCCUAUACCCUGCGCAACCCAAAGCUCGCACAUGAACUCAACAGUCACCAGUGGUGACUGCAUGUGUGUGCUUUCGCGUGCACGCGCGCGCGAUAGCCGCCCCAAGUCGUGAAUGAUCACAGCUCUAGCACGAGCCGCGCGGCGAUGGUGCUGCGCUUCUCGAUGCGACGGCCCGCAGCAUCCUGUCCACGUCGUACGAUUCACCGUGAUAACAAAAUGCAGUGGUGCAUGGCCGGUUCAAAAUGCACGAUGGCCACUUACUCAUAGCCCUCUGCCCACCCUUCCCAACUGCUUACCUAGGUCCGCACAAGCUUAGGUCACACGAACAGCGACCUGGCCCACAGCUCAGCAAAGCCCGGCAACGUUUUUGGCAUCGCAA